CACAGAAUGCUGAGCAGUCAACAGUAUUUCUUGCUCCAAGAUCACCCUUCUGACUACCUCUCUGGCUGCCAAAUUGCCAGCGCCUUCAUAGCUUGAUAGCUUCAGGGCCUUCAUAGUUUCUCAGCUCCAAGCAUUAGGUAAACCCAGCACACUGGGAUUGCACUGGUCCUACGAUGGCUUUUGACUGCAGCUGCUUCUUUUUGGUGGUGCUGUUUUCUGCCAGCUGUAAAGUCAUCACCUCCUUGGAUCAGAUGUGCACUGAGAAAGAAGCCAACAAAACAUAUAACUGUGAAAAUUUAGGUCUAAGUGAAAUCCCUGACACUCUACCAAACACGACAGAAUUUCUGGAAUUUGGCUUUAAUUUUUUGCCUAUACUUCACAAUAGAACCUUCAAGAGACUCAUGAAUCUUACCUUUUUGGAUUUAACUAGGUGCCAGAUUAACUGGAUACAUGAAGACACUUUUCAAAGCCAUCAUCAAUUGAGCACACUUGUGUUAACUGGAAAUCCUAUGAUAUUCAUGGCAGAAACAUCACUUAAUGGCCCCAAGUCACUGAAGCAUCUUUUCUUAAUCCAAAUGGGAAUAUCCAAUCUCGAGUUUAUUCCAGCGCACAAUCUGGAAAACUUGGAAAGCUUGUAUCUUGGAAGCAACCAUAUUUCCUCCAUUAAGUUCCCCAAAGACUUCCCAGCACGGAAUCUGAAAGUAUUGGAUUUUCAGAAUAAUGCUAUACACUACCUCUCUAGAGAAGACAUGCGGUCUCUGGAGCAGGCCACCAAUUUAAGCCUGAACUUCAAUGGCAAUGAUGUUAAAGGUAUUGAGCCUGGGGCUUUUGAUUCAACAGUCUUCCAAAGUUUGAACUUUGGAGGAACUUCAGAUUUGUCUGUUAUAUUCAAUGGUCUGCAGAACUCUACUACUCAGUCUCUCUGGCUGGGAGUGUUUGAUGACACUGAUGAUAAAGACAUUAGUUCAGCCAUGCUCAAGGGACUCUGUGAAAUGUCUGUUGAGAGCCUCAACCUGCAGAAACGCCAUUUCUCUGACUUCUCAUCCACCACAUUUCAGUGCUUCACCCAAAUCCAGGAACUGGAUCUGACAGCAACUCACUUGGCAGGGUUACCCUCUGGGAUUAAGGGUCUGAACUUGCUCAAGAAAUUAGUUCUCAGUGUAAAUCAUUUUGACCAAUUAUGUCAAAUCAAUGCUGCCAAUUUCCCCUCGCUUACACACCUCCACAUCAGAGGCAACGUGAGGAAGCUUAACCUUGGUGUUGGCUGUUUGGAGAAACUAGGAAACCUUCAGACACUUGAUUUAAGCCAUAAUGACAUAGAGGCUUCUGACUGCUGCAAUCUGCAACUCAGAAACCUGUCCCACUUGCAGACCUUAAACCUGAGCUACAAUGAGCCUCUCGGUCUCCAGAGUCAGGCAUUCAAGGAAUGUCCUCAGCUGGAACUCCUGGAUUUGGCAUUUACCCGCUUACACAUUAAUGGUCCACAAAGUCCCUUCCAAAACCUUCAUUUCCUGCAGGUUCUGAAUCUCACCUCCUGCUUCCUUGAUACCAGCAAUCAGCAUCUUCUAGCAGGCCUACCAGCUCUCCAGCAUCUCAGCUUAAAAGGGAAUCACUUUCAAGAUGGGACUAUCAUGAAAACCAACCUGCUUCAGACUGUGGGCAGCUUGGAGAUUCUGAUUUUAUCCUCCUGUGAUCUCCUCUCCAUAGACCGGCAAGCAUUCUACAGCCUGGAAAAUAUAAGCCAUAUAGACUUAAGCCACAACAGCCUGACAUGCGACAGUAUUGAUUCUCUCGGCCAUCUUAAGGGAAUCUACCUCAAUCUGGCUGCCAACAGCAUUAACAUCAUCUCAUCCCAUCUCCUCCCCAUCUUGUCCCAGCAGAGCACCAUUAAUUUGAGUCACAAUCCCCUGGACUGCACUUGCUCAAAUAUUCAUUUCUUAACAUGGUACAACGAAAACCUGCACAAACUUGAAGGCUCAGAGGAGACCAUGUGCGCAAACCCGCCACCUCUAAGGGGGGUUAAGCUAACUGAUGUCAAGCUGUCCUGUGGGAUUACAGUCGUGGGCAUUUUCUUUCUCAUAGUAUUUUUAUUAUUGUUCACUAUUCUGCUCUUUCUUGCAGUUAAAUACCUUCUCAGGUGGAAAUACCAACACAUUUAGUGCUGAAGGUUUUCAGGGAAAGCAAAUAAAUGUGCUUAGCAAAAUUGCUGUAAGUGAAGGAACUGUCAUCUGCUGGUGACCAGACCAGACUUUUCCGGUUGGUUCCUGGAGCUGGGCAGGGACUCACUGUGCUUUUCUGAACUUCUUACUCCUGUAAGUCCCAGAGCUAACAAACCUUUAGGCAAGGACACCAACUCAGGCCAGAGAGCCAGACGCUGCUGUGAGAGGCACAGAGCCCUUUCCACAUGUGGGAGGUGGGAGGAAGCAGAGGGAGGGGCUGGGCAAGAACUGCCAGCUGGGAGUCACCCCCGGGGAGGCUGUCACCCUUCUACUCACCGACAUCCCUCCCAGCACCCCACACCCUGCCCCUGAAAGGAGAUCAUCAGCCCCCAAAAUUUGGCAGGGUGGAAGCCAGUCCUGCUACCCGCCUACCCAACCCGCACCUAGAGCAUUGUGCUUGGGUCUGGGUUCUCAGUAAUGUAGCCAUUUGGGAAACUUAGCUGGAGAUAAAGUCUUAAUGCUUAUUUUAAAUAAAAAAAAGAAAAACACAGUAAAUUUAAAAGAAAAG